GGCCGGCAGCAGAACUCUGUUAAACAGCAGAUGUUUUACACUGUGGCCGUUACCCUCAUUUCCUGGGCGGAGAGCUCCUCGCUCUAUUAGACGAGUAACAGGAACCAAAAAAGAGAGUGAGAGGCAGAGGCAGAGCGAGAGAGUGCAGUAGAGAAGUUAGCUGAGUUCCCACAAAUCACUUUGUCACCAGCAAGCUUUGACAAGCACCAGAGAAAGAGGGAGCGCACAAGGAGAGAAGGCAGGGAGUUAGAGAGAGGUGUCAAUAGGGAGUCGUGUCAGAGGAGACUCACGAGGGAGGGUGUGAAGGAGCUGGAGGGGGCAUAAACGAGGUGAUACCGAUGGAUGGAUAGAAGGAGAGACAGGACACAGACGAGACUGCAAUCUGAUUCCCUAAGCAGCCGGAGAGGGACUGUUACUUUUGCUCCUGCUGCUGCUGCUGCUGUGACUGGAUGGUAUACGGUCAUUUACAGAGAAAGGUUUGUCAAGCUUCAUACUUUAUCACAGGAGGACAGAUUUACUCAGACAAGGAGAGUUUUGCUGUGUUUUAUCCUCUGAGAGAUGUCCCCUGACAUGUUGUUUCAUAUUUGAGAAUGAGGACACAGAUAGAAAGACAGCUGUUGUCUCUGUGAAGCAGGCAUGAGGCACUGAAAAGCAGCUGUACACAGAUCACAUGCUGUAGCUGCUAAAAAGAGGUAGUCAGAGCUGAGGGGACUUUUAUUUAUGUCUUGACAACAUAGGUUUCCCACUGCUGUAGAACAAGAGCGGAAACUUUUUGAAUUUAAACGUUUUUUUACUUUCAUCCUCUUCACUGUGGAUACUGGAUCAGCACUGGACUGACGCACAGCCCCGGAGAGUUUUACCAGGGUUGUAAAGGAAGCCAGAAGUCAUCAAACUUCGACAGCAGGGAAAUAGGAAAUCCAUUUUUUGCACAGUUAAAAAAUAGGUUAACGGGUCGUGGCUAUCUUCUCUUUGUCAGAGGCGUCAGACUUAACAUCCAUGUACAGAACCAUCCUGACUGGUUGAAGAGACCUCGUGGGUCAAAGAGGACAGGAAGCCGUGUCAGCUGAAAGCUGUAGUGUCAGAUGUAAGUACGUUGUAAAGCCCUUAUCACACACAAGACCGACUGUUGAGCAAUACAGCCCUGAGCUGACACGUGGGGGGGGGGGUGUUUAUAUACGUACUUUAACUAAGAUAGGAUUCGAUCGUGUGAGUCGGAGAGAAGCACCUCUGUUGUGUGUUGGUAGAUUGAUGGCUGGUGCACAGGUCUUCUGAGGCUUGGAGGCGCUGGGUGUGUGUGUGCAGGCUUGGAUGGGCGCUGUUUGCUUUUGACAGCUCGUCUCUGGACUCACUUCAACGUCACUGAGUUACCUGCGAGGCUGAGUCAGAGGCUGGCUCAUCGCUCCCUAGUCUGCCUGCCCACUGGGAUUCUCUCCCACCUGCCUCCAUGCAAACAAGCCCACAAGUGUUAGGGUGGUUUUUGGCAGCAGUGGCACUGGUAGCCCCGAACCUGUAGGACUCUCAACACUGCUUUAAUUGUCCUGCUGUGAGUAAACACCUUGCGUCAGUCACACCUCUCCGCUGAUUCACUAUUCCCUGAGCGUUGGAGGCAGGCAGUGAAAGAGAAGGUGAGGGAGGAUUGACCAAAGAGUGCCGAAGCACAGAAGAAGUCACAGUCAGGUCGGCACCAUGAAGCUGGCACUGUUGACGCUCAUGGUCGUCUACGCGGUGGGCCAUGUGAGCGGCAUGUCCACUUGCAAGACGGUGGAUCUGGAGAUGGUCAAGAAAAAGCGCAUUGAGGCCAUUAGGAGCCAGAUCCUCAGCAAAUUGCGUUUGCCCAAAGAGCCAGAGCCCGAUCAAGCCGGAGACAAAGAGGAGAUCCCCGUCCCUCUGCUGUCGCUCUACAACAGCACCAAGGAGAUGCUGAAGGAGCAGCAGGCCGACGUCCAGACGGACAUCUCCACGGAGCAGGAGGAGGAGGAGUACUUUGCCAAGGUGGUGCACAAGUUCAACAUGACCAGAAGAAACGACACUGAUGUCAAGAAAUCCAUCCCGAUGUUCUUCAACAUCUCUAACAUACGACAGAGUGUCGGCGAUUACCGCCUGCUGACGAGUGCCGAGCUGCGGAUGCUCAUCCAGAAAACCACGAUAGCCGAGGAGCAGCGGGUGGAGCUGUACCGCGGUCAGGGCGCGUCAGCCCGGUAUCUUGCCUCCCGCUUCAUCACGAACGAUUUUAAGGACAAGUGGUUGUCGUUCGAUGUCACUGAGACCAUGCAGACCUGGCUCAAAGACACAGGGGACGAGCAGAGUUUCCAGCUCAGGCUCUUCUGCGGAUGCAGCGAGAACGGGCCGAGCACGGAGAGCAGUUUCAGCUUUGAAAUCUCUGGCCUCACGAAGGACAGAGGAGACAUCGGACAAUUGAGAGCAUUGUUGCAGCAACCGCCCUACAUCCUCACCAUGUCCAUCCCUCAGAACACCAGCACCCACCUCAGCUCACGCAGAAAGCGCUCCACAGACGGGACGGACACGUGUACAGCCCAGACGGAGACCUGCUGCGUGAGGAAGUUGUACAUUGACUUCAGGAAAGAUCUGGGCUGGAAGUGGAUACACAAGCCGACGGGCUACCACGCCAACUACUGCAUGGGAUCCUGCACCUACAUCUGGAAUGCUGAAAACAAAUAUUCUCAGAUUUUGGCCUUGUACAAGCAUCACAACCCGGGAGCCUCUGCCCAGCCCUGCUGCGUCCCCCAGGCGCUGGAGCCACUGCCAAUCCUCUACUACGUGGGCAGGCAACACAAGGUGGAGCAGCUGUCCAAUAUGAGCGUGAAGUCCUGCAAGUGUAGCUAAAAAAAAACAAGAUGGCCCCCUGCUCUGCAUCCCCUCAAACGUAAACUGAAGAAGAAGAAGUCACGUUUGAGACCAGAGGAGCGCACGGAUGAAGAGGAUGAGAAUAAAGAAGACAAGAAAAACAAGUAGUGAAAGUAAUCAGGAUCUUUGUGGUCAAGCAGUCCUGCUGCAUCUCGGCCAUUAUCAUUUGAGAAGCACAUCAAUCCAUGGACUUCUUUUUAUAGAUAAUAUUUGUAUGUGUAUAUACUUCUUCUUUGCAGUACUGAAAUAUCUGUCUUGAAAUGAAUUAAUUUAUUUGUUGGUCGGACAGAUUUCUAAAGCAGCGAUUCACAAAGGAUCAAAAGGAUUUGUUAUGAAUAAAAACAAAGUUGGAUAAAAGACGCCGGCGAACACGAGGACCGACCCGGAUGGAAGAGAACUUUCUGUCUUCACGUUGAUCCUCUUCCCGCAAAGGUCACAGUCAACAGCGUGAAACCCCAGGAAGGGAGGAGGGGGGUUGUUGGGGGUUUUCCCUGGACAAUAAUGCUGCAGGUGUUUUCGGCUCCAGCUCCAGCGAAAGGACACGAGACACAGCAGGGACAGGCCGACCUGGGGAAACCCCCCCGAGCAGCUGUCAGCCGCCUGAACGCUUCACAGGAGCCGUCCAUCAGUUUUACCUGUUUGUUUUUCAGCCCACGUGAAUUUUUACAAUGCUUCCUCGUCACUGUGUUUGUGCUCGUGAUUGAACGUCAGCUUGUCCUCGGGCAAGCGAGUGAUAUCACCAGCUGUGAGAGUGAUGACUCCGUGUUGUUGUCUCCUCUCCAGGGACCUGCAGCCGGCGUGUUGUCUUUAGAUGGUGUGGGUCAGGGGAUGUGGUUGUGGUGUUGGUUUUAGGGGGAAAGCCGUUCAGGACCUGAUUCACACUUUGCUGUUUUGUUAAACCAUUUUAUUGCCCUUUUUUUAUCAGGACAGUUUUUUACUUUCGACUGAAGUGUGAUUCGUUUUGCUCCAGAAUGAAUCAAUCGUGUAGCAUUUGUUUUUUAGGAAAAGGAACCAACCUGUUGUUUUUUCUGUUUACUCUCUUUUAUAGUGCACUUGCCAUUUGAAAUUUGUAUCUGUAAAUAUUUAAAAAAAAUUGAAAUAAACAUUGGUGUUAAAUUAU